AUGGCAAGUCUCUCUAUGAUCACCCCCGUCGACAACUUGUCACCAGACGUCGCCCAAGAACUAGGCCUACUGGGUUGCGUCCCCGCAUUGUCCUGUGUUUCCGAUCCCAGAUUCUCCUACUAUCUCUACGCCCCGUCGACCUACCACCGCCAAACGACGGCACCACCUCGCGUGCUCGUCCUCAUCCACCACAGCCUCCGCAACGCCUACGCCCUCCGCGAAGCCUUCCGGGCGUUCGCCUUAGACCACAACCUCUUCCUACUCUGCCCGCUCUUCCCCAUCGGCUUCCUCGACCCCGGCGACACAGACAACUACAAGAAUCUCCACUACCGCGGCGUUCACUACGACCGCGUGCUCCUGUCCAUGGUCGAUGAGGUCCAAGCCCGCUACCCCAAGAUCCCCGCCGACACCACAUUCGGCCUGUACGGCUUCAGCGGCGGUGCACAGUUCGUCCAUCGCUUCGCCUACCUGCAUGCGGAGCGCCUGUGGGGCCUGGUCGUCGCCGCACCAGGCGCGCAAACCCCGUGGGACCACACCCGCGACUAUCCCGCCGGCGUGAGGGAUCUGCAAACUGUGUUUCCCGGGACCGCAGACGGGUGGGAGGGGCCUUUGAGGCUGCUCCCCACGGCGUUCAUGUGUGGGGCGCAGGACACGGAUGUGAGCUGGGCGAGGCUGAGAGGACGUGAAACGCCCGCGGAGGGGGGACGGCUCGCGGCCGCGAGGCGGUUGCGGGAGGAUUGGGUUAAGCAGGGGGCCUUGCGGACGAGGUUCGUUGCUGUUGAGGGGGCGGCGCAUGAGGAGAGUAAGAUUUUGGAGUGCGUGCAGGGGUUUUUUGAUGAGGUGCUGGCGGAGGGGCAGGGGCAGGAGGGGAAGGAGCAGCAGGAGGGGAAGGAGUUAACUACUCGGGCAAAGACGACGACGACGCAACAGCAGCAGCAGCAUUCUUACACUGCCCAUGUUAAUCCAACUCCGAAGUUGGAUGCCCAUGGCGUGAGCAUCGUUGUUGGGUAG